UUCCGCGGGAGCAUGACGUCAUUUCCGGUUAUGGCGGACAGGUAGCAGUGGGGGGAACACAACAGUUUCUCUGCGACGCAGUCAGUCGAAGUUACCGCUCCAAAACUCUCCUAAACUCCCACACAGUCUGCGAACAGGAAUCACAGAGAAGAUGUCUGAGGCAGAUGCAGACAUGGCGAGUCAGGGCUCAGACCCGGAUGAUGAGGGGUUGAGUGACAGCAGCUACCAGGACUACAGUGAUGAGGACAUUAAUGACUACUACAACUAUGGACCUGAUGACAUGGAACAGGAUGACAGGGGGCAGAUUUUUGACCCAGAGGCCUUUGAAUACUUUCUAUUUAAUAAAGAGGAGGCCUGUCAGUUUCUGGAUGAGAAAGUAGCAGAAUUAAUCCAGACAAUACAGUUUCCCCCCCAGGUGUCCCACACCAUAGGUAAAGUACUGCUGCAGGCACAUCAGUGGGUCUUAACGGAUGUCAUGGAAAGGUUUAGGGAAGACUCUGUGCAGUUGAUGGUAGAUUGCAGAAUACUACCUCCUCAAAGUAGAGAAAAACAGGUGGAGCCGCCGCCUGCGCAGUGCCCUGUGUGUCUGCAGGCCCAGGAGGAGAAAGACCUGCUGAGUCUGGCCUGUAACCACAAGUUCUGUACAGACUGCUGGCAGAGGUACUUCCAGGUACAGGUGGAGGAUGGGGUGGCCACGGGAGUGGAGUGCAUGUGGAGUGACUGUAGGCUCAUCACAACAGAAGACUUCGCCCUCUCUAUAUUAAAAAACGACCCAGUAACCCUUAGGAGAUAUCAACAGUUUGCCUUCAAUGACUAUGUUAAGGGCCACCACCAGCUGCGAUGGUGCCCAGGCCCAGACUGUGACGUGAUGUUCAUGGCACCACAGCCACUGGGCAGAAAAGUAGAGUGUAAGAAGUGCAAGACAUGCUGCUGUUUUAGGUGUUUGAAAGACUACCAUGUCCCAGCAGACUGCCCUACAAUAGAAAGCUGGCUGCGGAAGUGUGCAGAUGACUCAGAGACAGCCAACUACAUCAGUGCACAUACUAAAGAUUGCCCAAAGUGUAACAUUUGUAUAGAGAAAAAUGGAGGCUGCAACCAUAUGCAAUGUUACCAAUGCCGGUACGAUUUCUGUUGGAUGUGUCUUGGAGAUUGGAAGACCCAUGGUAGUGAGUACUAUGAGUGUAGUCGGUACAAGGAGAACCCCAACAUUGCCAACGAGAGCGCUCAGGCACAGGCGAGAGAAGCACUCAAGAAGUACCUCUUCUACUUUGAACGGUGGGAGAACCACCAGAAGAGUCUGAAGCUGGAGGAGCAGACGUUCCAGCGGAUCCAGCAGAGAAUCAAGGAGAAGGUGAUGAACAACAUGGGCACCUGGAUCGACUGGCAGUACCUGCUCGAUGCAGCCAAUCUCCUACACAAGUGCCGUUACACCCUUGAGUACACCUAUCCAUAUGCAUAUUACCAGGAGGGAGGCCCUCGCAAGAAACUGUUUGAGUACCAGCAGGCCCAGUUGGAGGCAGAGAUAGAGAACCUUUCCUGGAAGAUAGAACGUGCCGAGCAGACAGACAGAGGGGACUUAGAAAACCAGAUGGACAUCACGGAGAAACGCCGACUGACUCUGCUGAGGGACUUCCAGUCUGAGAGCUAGCCUUCCUCUCUUCACCCCCCUCCCCCUUCUCACCACCACCUCACAACAUCACCUCAUCACUUCUGAGCAGGGAUGUACUGUAUACCAACCCCCCCCUGUUUUCUUCAACCCCCCUGCCCCCAAGCCUCUUUGUUGAAAUGAAGGGGGGAGGGGGGUCCAAGGUCAAUUGUAGGUCACAGAAUGCUGGCACUCUUGGCAGAGCUUAUAAUUAUUUUCCUGGCAUCAGAUGUCUACUAAGUAAUGUAUACCCUCAAGGCCUCAACCCAUGGACUUGCUGCUAGUCGUACACAUUAGCCCCUACUACUGCUGCCUUCCAGCUUUAAAAUGAUUACAACAAAGCCGUGUACACAGUACACACAGAUGUCAGAGCCAGGAUUUUGAUAGUAAGGCCAUGUUGAUUUGAUUAUAUGGAUGACAUCCUCUGGGAACCCCAAAACUGAUGCGAGCGUGCGAAUAAAAAAAAAGGUU